AGUUGCCAGGGUGACGCGGCGCGAGGAGGAGGUCGCUGUCGUCGACCGCCAGUCCAGUCCUGAGCUCCAGCGAGACACCGUCUCGGCAUCUCCCGGCUGGACCAGUGCGAUGUCCUCUAGCGGGCGGCCGGGGCGACGGUGGACUCUUUACCUCGACGUGGAGACGCGCGCACUUUCUCGCCCCAUCGCCUGAGGCCGGAGCGGGGGAGGAGGGACUAUUUUUGGAUCAUCGUAGACAGAGUUCUUGGCGGUGGUGGUGGGAGGCGGAAAGGACACCCCACCUCCUUUCCCCGAGCCUCUUUUCCUUUUUUCCUGAGCGUCCUGACGUUUUAGUGAUCGUCGUUAAAAAGGGUCGAGUCGCGCCCGUUUCCCCUUCCCUCGCCGGGCGAGCGGGUCUCGGGACCUCCAGCACGUGCGACAAGAUGUCGGCCGCGGCCGCGCUCUGCCUGCUCUCCGCUCUGCUGCAGGCCCGCUGCUGCUUCUCCCACAAAGACCGGUCGCCCGAGCUGCAGCCGCCGCGCAUCACGGAGCACCCGGUGGACCUGACGGUGCCGCGGCACGAGCCGGCCACGCUCAAGUGCCGCGCGGAGGGCGAGCCGGCGCCGCGCGUGCAGUGGUACAAGGACGGCGAGCCGGUGCGCACGCAGGCCAAGACUCCCCGCGUGCUGCUGCCCGACGGCUCGCUCUUCUUCCUGCGCGUGGCGCACGGGCGGCGCGAGACGGACGCCGGCGUGUACUGGUGCGUGGCGCGCAACCAGGCGGGCGUCGCGCGCAGCAGGAACGCCACUCUCAGCGUCGCCGUGCUGCGGGACGAGUUCCGGCUGGAGCCCAAGAACCUGCGCGCGACCCAGGGCGACUCCGUCCUUCUGGAGUGCGGCCCGCCCAAGGGCACUCCCGAGCCCACCGUCUUCUGGCGCAAGAACGGCCAGGUCAUCGAGCUGGCGGACAGCGACCGGUUCCAGAUUGUGGAUGGCGGGAACCUGCUGAUCCAAGACGUGCGGCAGAGCGACGCGGGGCAGUACCAGUGCGUGGCCAAGAACACCGUGGGCCUUCGGGAGUCGUCCAUGGCUGUGCUCGAGGUCCAUGUGAAGCCGUUCCUGGUGCGCGGGCCGCAGGACGCGGUGAUCCUGGCGGGCGGCAUCGCCAUCUUCCAGUGCCAGGUGGGGGGGGACCCGGCGCCAGACGUGACGUGGCGACGCACGGCCGGCGGCGGGGAGCAGCUGCCGGCGGGGCGGGCCCGGGCGCUGGGCGACCACAGCCUGCACGUGGAGGGCGUGCGGCCGGGCGACGAGGGCGAGUACACCUGCGAGGCGGGCAACGCCGCGGGCGCCCUCAGCGCCUCCGCCACGCUCACCGUGCACACUCCUCCGUCCAUCGUGGACCUGCCGGCGGACGUCGCUGCUGAAGAGCACGGGGACGCGGAGUUCAGCUGCAGAGUCGCGGGCGACCCGCGGCCGACGGUUUACUGGUCCAUGGGCGGCAGCAGCGCCCUCAUGUUCCCUGGGAUGAAAGGCAGCGGGUUCCUCGCCUCGAACGUGUCUGACGACCAGCGCCUCUCCCUCCAUCUUCAGGGCGUGAAGAGGAACGACUCGGGCUCGUGGGUGGCGUGCUGUGCCGUGAGUCCGGCCGGCUCGGCGGUGGGACGGGCCACUCUCACGGUCACCUCGCCGGAGGACCAGCCGCCGCCCAUCAUCGUGCUGGGGCCGGCCAACCAGACACUGCCGCUCAAGUCUGUGGCGGAGCUGCGCUGCCAGGCCCAAGGCAGCCCCCCGCCCGUCGUCACGUGGUACCACGACGGCCGGGCGGUCGUCCCGGGGCCCCGCCACAACGUCACCCAGGCUGGCCUGCUGCGCAUCGCAGAUCUGGAGAAGCAGGACCGCGGGCUUUACACCUGCGUGGCCUCGUCUCGCACCGGCAAGUCCACGUGGAGUGCGACGCUCCGUCUCGAGUUGCCGACCAACCCCAACAUCCACUUCUUCCGGGCCCCGGAGCCGGCCAUGUACCCCGGGGCCCCGAGCCGGCCCCACGUCGUCAACAAGACAGACACCUCUGUCACCAUCUCCUGGACCCGCAACAACAAGAUUGGGUCCUCUUCCUUGCUGGGAUACCAGGUGGAGAUGUUUGACCCGGGGCAGACGAGUGGCUGGACGGUGGUGGCCCACCAACUAGACGACACGGUGUACACCCAGCGCGGCCUGGUGCGCGGCGCUCGCUACCUGUUCCUGGUGCGCGCCGAGAACCUGCACGGCAUCUCCCCGCCCAGCCCCGUGGUGGAGGCGACCCUGGCGUCCCCUGACCCGGGCCUGCAGGAGGCCUGGGGCAGCCUGCUGGGGGGCCGUGUGGUCGAGCUGACGGACGCAGAGCCCGCCUCGCCCACGUCCGUGACGCUCACCUGGGAGGUGUUCAGCUCAGACUACGUAGAAGGAUUCUACGUGUACUCGCGCUGCCUGGACGCCAGGAACUCUACAGGAUUGUACACAACACAGAAGGUGCCACAUUCUGGCGGCACGUCAAUAUGCGAAGUGACGGACCUGUCGGUUUUCAGUCGCUACGAGUUCUUCAUCGUUCCUUUCUUCAAGAGCGUCAAUGGCUGGCCAUCCAAUGCCAAGACAGUCCGCACUCUGGAUGGUUUGCCUUCCGAGCCACCCUCCCACUUGGAAGCUGUUCUGAUCAACUCCACAGCUGUGUACAUAAAGUGGAAGCCCCCGGCAAUAUCCUCGUACAAUGGAAUCCUCACCAGCUAUCAGGUGGUGAUAACGAGCGGGGGCAAGGGGGACGCCCAGGUGCUCAGCAACGUGUCGGUGGACGCGGCGACGCCGUCGCUGCUGCUCACCAACGUCACGGCCGGGGUGACGUACCUGGUGCGGGUGGCGGCGGUGACGCGGGCAGGAGCGGGGCCGGACAGCCCACCGGCCACGCUGCGGCUGGGGCCUGCCUCCAAGCUGUCCCUUAAGAACCAGCAGUACAGCUCGGAGGACGCAGAGGACCCUGAGGUGAGCCCCGCGGACUUUGUGACGGAGGCGUGGUUCGUGGCGCUGCUCAGCAGCAUGCUCACCAUCAUGGUGCUGCUGUUCGCCGCGAUGCUGUUCGUGCGCAGGAGACAGCUGCUGGGCAAGAAGGCCAAGCUGCCCGGCGGCUACCAGUCGUGCUCCAAUGGGGGAGUGAAGUGCGAGCCGGGGGAGGUGAAGGCAGAAGGGACGCUCGCCAAGCUGGCCGUUCCCCAAGUGCUGCCCUGCGAGAAGGGUCCAGAGCCCGGUGGCCGGGCGCCGGACGAAGACGAGGACAACUUCCCGGCGUACGCGGAGGUGGACGCCAACCACGUCCGCCUGAGUACCUUCCGCAGCCGCGGCCAGCCGACCUCCCCGGCCCCGUACGCCACCACCACCCUCGUCAACAGCUCCCGGGGCAACGUGGACUGGAGUUACGGCUACAUUCCUGCCAAUAGGAGUGAGUCUUCCAACUACCAGCUCCCGUCGACGCUCAACCGAAACGUGUACCUAAACUCGUCCUACCCCGUCAGCGAAGACUACAGUAAACUGCACGAAGAGGAUUCAGGGACGUCCACCUGCCUGGUGAUGGACCGAGAGCCCCUUCCGCCGCCCUUACCCUGCCAGCUGCCACCGUAUCAGCUGUCGUCGUUCUCAAACACUCUGCACAGGAAGCACUUCAGUCAGAACAUGCCGGCCUCCGUGCCGAAGCAGAGCUCGGAACUGAACCUGCCCAGCUCGUGCUGCUGCUCGUCUGCGUGCGAGGGCGUGGUGACCUUCCACCCCCACCAUGGCUCCCUGGGGGUGGUGGCGGGCCCGGGCGACGGAGAGGGGAGGCAGCUGUCCAGCUUCAAGGCCUCGCAGAAGAGCUCGCUGUCUGCGCCCGCCGCCCGGCCGUUCCACCCCGUGUACCACAAUGCUGGCGGCGGAGAGCUCUACCAGGCGUAGCAGAGGACUGGCCACUACUGAGGCCCGGUGGCGAACUCGGGUGAACCGGUGUCCGUCCUCGCGAGUGCCGGUGGACUGAGCCCUCCGACAGACGGUCGGUCGAUUCGGAAGCUACGAAUCAUCACCUCUCCCAGGCUCCGUGAACUGGUAUCCCGUUACCGCGGGCUAGGGCCAGCCAGCCUUAUUCGAACCGUUACGUCCACCACUUCCUGAACUGGAUUCCUGUAAUGUCCAGAGCCACUGACAGUAUUUCACUUACACUGAUUCCUUAGUUUGUGUCCUGUUACUUUACAGACAGACAUAAGCGUGUCACUUGGUCUCACUUCAGUUGGCAGCAUCAAGCUGUUGUAUUUCAUGAAACAGCAAGGUCACGGCUCCUGCUUUGUCGUUCAGCAAUAAACUAAAAAUACAAGCGAGUAUUUGGUACUGCAGGGUUUAGAGAAUUUCAAUUGAGUCAUUCUAAAUCAAAGGAUUGAAUGAUUGAUUGUAUGAGUUCUUCCCAGCAUUUACCUGCAGUGUCUCGUUUGAAAAAAACAGAUCUGAUUUUUUUAACUGGUUCAGUGAAUCUUUAAAGAGAUUUUGCACCCUUGUGUGUGAUAUGAGUACGUACUGUGCGUCCAGAUUUCAUGUGCAAGGUAGCGUGGUUUAAAAACAUUCCUCUUGUGUUUCAGGAUAUCCAUUUGGAAAACAUUGUGUCUAUGUUUGUAGGCUAGUACGAAGUUUUUAACAUACUUUAAGCAGAACUUGCUUUAAUCUAAAAAUUGUGGGAAUAAUUGAGCCAAAUUUUAGACUUUGUAAUGUAAAUCAGUAACUAUGAAUGGAAAACAAGCAUUAAAGAAACAUUACAGUAAUCUCUUCUCACAAAAAUUUCAGAAUUGUGGUUCAUUCUCAUACAUACACACAAAUCAGGUCAUUAUAAUUAUUUGAGUGAGUUACUCUGCUAGAUUUAAUAUGUGGCUUUCAUGACAGAGGUUAACUUUUGUUAUGGAAUAUAAUGUAUUAACUUGGUAAUAAAGAAAAUAUCUUGAAAUAGCAUUGGAAAAUGAUCAGUGCAGUAGUGUUGAUUGUGCAAAACCCAUGAAGCAAUUUAUGAAAUAAGUAAUAUAUGAGAAUGCCUCUUGAAUAGGACACAGUGUAGGGCCUAUAAAUUAUUUAUGUCGUACAGAGGAAACAUUACUUAGAGCUUUAUAGAUGACUUGCAGAGAUCAUGACAACUUUCCAUGUAAGGUGACUACAAAAUCGUACCCAAAACCUUUAAAUAAAAUUUCCUUACAACCUUUUUACAUCACAGGGUCAUUUUUAUAUAUAACAAGCAAAAUAAAAAAUGAUACACCGGAAUGUGUCAAUUUUCAUGUUAGGAAACUGAAAAUGUUUCACAGAUUUUUCACAAUUUGAUUGGUCUGAAAUGAGGCAUCAAAAAACAAAAUGAAAGUUAUAAAAGCCUGUUGGAAAUCAAAUUUCAUGAUAUCCAGGACUGUUACUGUAUAUUUUUGGACUUUUUUCAUGACUUUGUAGCCAUCCUGAUGUGUUAUCUUGUGUCUUGUGUAGCACUGGCUUCACUUUCAUGAUAGUCAGUGGCUAAGAACUGUGUUUCAAAUGUAAAACGUACAUGAUUGUUGAUUUGGCUUCAAAAAGAAGUAAUGUCCAUUUCUGGCCAACAAAGACUGCUAAUAAGACUCAAAAUUGCAUCUACAUAGUGAUAAAGUAAGUGUAAUAUUGUAAUCACAGUAAACGUGUGAUGAACCAGUAGAUAAUUACUCAGUAAAAGUAGAUUUUUGUGUUGGGAGACAAAUGAAAAUUCAGUUUUUGAAGCAUGGCGGAUGAAUGAGAAUGAAACAAGAUGCGUGCAUUAUAAGUGAACAAAUCGAAGACAGUUAACAUGUAGCUGUGAAUUGUAAGACUGAGCAGGAGUGCAUAUUUAGAAGCACAUGCAAUGCUCAGCCACCUUUGUGCAUAAGUAUGUCAGAUGGCAGGGUGCAGAGAGUAACAGAAAUAAAGAUACAAUACGAAGUGGGAGGAUGGGUUCUGUAAAGAUAUGAUGUGCACGCACCUGUAUUAAGACUGGUCGGUUCAGAGAAUGUGUGUAAUUUAUAGUGCUUAUAAUCCCAACUGUGACAGGCAUAUAUAUUGUGUGGGACAGGCAGCACUCUGGCAGCAUGGUAAAAUAUCAAGCAAGCUUUUAAUCUAACCAACAACUCUUAGUGUUACACAAAUAAUUAUGCCUGAGUGAAUAUCAGUUUUUUUUAGUUUGAAUUGAAUACAAAUGUGAAUGGCAAAUUAUUCUUGUAUAUAUAAUAUUGAAACUGAAUAAUAAGAAUGAGAAUUGGAAUCCGAUCAGAAAACCUUUUUAUUUUUAUAUUUCUGAAGAAAAAAAAUUGUUUUAUGGAGUUAACCUAACCUAAAUUAGCCAAUCUUAAAGCUAUUUACUGUACCUACAACUUUUAUUAUGUUCUGUUUAGCUUGUAAUCAAAAUUAAACUUUAUUUUGUGAUAAUUAUUAAAUGUAAAAUGAAAAUGUACUAUUUUUUGUAUAGAGUUUAAGUUGCUAGUAUUUGAACAGCUGAACAGAUCACUCAUGUCAACUCUCUUAUUUUCUGUAAGCUAUUAUGGCAGUUUGACUAUAGCACCAGAAUGCAGUGCAAAGUUCCCUAGCGAGUUUCUCUCACAGUUGUGACCAGGUCAUGAAUACUCUCCCUAUCUCACAAACAGUGUUGUUAAGUAACGAAUUACAAGUAAUCGGAUUACUUGUAACGAUUACUUUUCAAGUAAUUUAUACUUGUAACGAAUUACAUUUAAAAAAUGUAAUUCGUACUUGUAAUCGGAAUACAUAACAUUAAUUGUAAUCGAUACAUUAAGGUAAUCGAUACUUUAUAUUUACUUGCCGUUACUUUUAUUCUCGGAACGUAUAAUGAAUACAAUUAAGAACAAGAAGAUCAUACACUUUUGUAUUAGUAAAGUUUAUAAUUUUACGCUUGUAGUGCUACGAUCGUAUGCACAAUAUCUAUGAUCAAAAUUGAAUAUCCAUAGUGACUUGCAGUGUCUCCAACAUUACCCUAUCCUAAAAUCUGAUUUUUUAAAAUUUAACACAUCGCUACCGUCAAGUGCUCCCGUUGAGCGUCUUUUUAGUGUUGGUAAAGAUGUUCUUGUCAUCAAGAGAGGGAAUCUAUCUGAUGAGAACUUUAAAAUGCAAUUGUUUCGUAAGGUCAAUUCCAAAAUUUAGUGUUACUUUUAUUACGUGGUAACUACUUGUAUGAAGUCUUUUGAUGUUAUUCAAGCAAGUUUGUAGUCAAAUAUUAUUCAUUUAAUUAAGGAUAAUAAAUUUAAUCAUUACAUGAUAUCAUUUUUUUAACAAAACAUAACAUAUAUGUAUGUAUGUUUAUUAAUGUAUCAAAGUGUAAAAAAAUUGAAUCGAAGGUCAGUUUUAAAAUGGUAGCGGAAAGUAAUUGUAAUUGUAAUUGUAAUUUAACUGAUUACUUCUAUAUAAAGUAAUUUUUACUUGUAAUUAGUUACAUUAUCACCACAGUAAUUGUAAUUCAGCCCAAUUACUUUUUCCGAGUACUUUUAACAACACUGCUCACAAACUUAUCCUAUAUUGCCAUGCAGGUAGACACAUGUGGAUAUUAUCCUUAAAAACAACACACACCAAAAAGAAAUGUACACCAGUAUUAUUAAAUAAAUAAUAUGACAGAAAAGGAUAAUUAGUGCCAGAUUUUUUAAUAAAUAUGCAGAAUUUUUUUUCCCCCAGAAGCAGCUACUCUACAAAAUUACCAGUUUUCUCCUGCAAUAAUUGCCAAGAACUUAUCCAUGAAAUUGAUCAAUUUUUAAUGACUUGUAGUGAUUGUAAAAAUCAAUGUACACAUUCAUAAAUGAUUUUUUGAAAAAACAAACACUGCACAGAAACAUGAUAAAAGUGUGAGAUAUAUUAGCAGAAACUAUAGACUAAUAAAGGUGACUUCAAAUGAUACGAGAGUUUUUAAACACUGUAACAUAUUCUGUAAACAUUUACUUAAAUAUUAAUUUUUUCCGAGUAUUUAUUUCCACAAGAAAUGAGUUGACAUUUGCAUCACCUUUACAGGAGAAUAAGAGAUGAAGAGAGAAAGAGAAAAAUUACACACACUUCUCCUUUCCUGAUUGUGAUUGGUCUUCUACCAGUGACCUCAACCCUAAGAGCAACAAUGCCACUCUUCCAAAAAAACUUUACGUUAACCCGACAAUGUUGAUUCCCAUACUUUAUCUAGCAGUUUCAAGAAUAGGCAAUUGGACAUUCCGACACUCUCUAGCAGAAUGAAACUAUCGGAUCAGUCCUCUAGAGGAAUUAUUCAGACAGCGUCAUAAAUAGGGCCCUUGAUUUAGGGUGUGAAAUCUAACCAGGAAAUACAUCACUGGGAGGCUGUUAUGGGUCCUUAAAGGUUUUGUAACACUUAAAAAUAUUAUGGAUUAUCCACUUGUGUGGAAAAAUAUUUUAUGUGAAGUAGCCAAACAUGAGCCAAUAUGAGUUUAAAGCUAUAGCAUUUUUUCACGAUCCAAAAGCUAUAUGCUAUGUGAUGACUUCCUAAAUCUACCCACGUUAGAGGGCUCAACAAGCCAGGAAUAGUCAAACUGUCUAAUUUUUUUGGAGUGGCACCACUUCGCCUUUCAUUUGUUGUUUCUCCACCUCUGUCCCAAGCCACCUUGUGUAUUUGUUUCGUAUUGUGGGGCAACAUGUGAGGUCUGACACGUAAUCCAAAGUAUAAAGAAGAAUAAGUGAAAGGAAGCUUAUUAAAAAAAAAGAAAUAACUACCUAGUUCCAAAGCAAUGCUGUGAGAAAAACAGCCUAAUGGGUGUAUUGGGUGAUGAAAGCACCAUAUCAUCUCAACUCAUUGAAAUCAUAGAAUUAUGAAUAUGUAUUUACCAGAACUGACAUUUGUAAACAACCGUUUUUACACUGUGCAAAAUUUUAUUGCAUUUUAUACAUAUGUACUGCAUUUUUGUCCUGUAAAUAUUGUACAGAAAUAAUCUUUGGCUAAUGACGCUUUGGUAGGAGUUACAGCAACUACGUAUGUGUUUUGUAAAUGUACUAAAAAUGGCUACCUUUUUUUGAUUUUGUCAAAUCAAAAAUUUCAACGUUUUGCUUCUUUAUUGCUGAAAGCCUAAACUCUUUUUAAAAUUACUUUUUGUUUUUAAUUUUGCUGCUUUGCCAUUGAGGUGAGAUAUUUUGAAACCAUAUCUGCAGCAAACCGACUUCUGUUCUGCACGGUGCUUUAAGUGGAUAUAAAAAAUUUUAAAAAAAAUUAUGUAUAUAAUUGCGAAACAUAACUAUGGAAAUUCUCACUGACAUAACUUAGAAGUCAGGUUCUAAGUGCACAAAGAACAAGAAACGUAGGAGAGUAUCAGCAGUGAAUGUGAUGUAAUGUAAAAAAAAAUGCUUCGUUGUUCCUUCCUUAUUUACCAAGAGCUGUAGAGCUAUGGCCACUGUAUGUUGUACUGCUUCUGAAUAUGUUGGUUGUUAGCGAGUUGGCCUACUGUACAUUGUUAAGAGAAUACAGAGCUCUGUAUUUAUACGUUAGUUGUUCCUAUAUUUAUGUUUUAACUUGCAAACUGUGUGUAUGUAUCAAGAAUACCUGUUAUCCUAUGUAUAGUGUAUGAUAUGGUACGUGUAAAAUAAUGAUAAUAAAUAGGAUAUGUGUUGUAUUUUGUAGCUCACAUUUUGCACAAGAAACUACUUAUAAUAAACAAUAUUAAAC